AAUAAGAUCCGACCUGAUUCCUUUAAAGGUUUAACUGAUUGAGUGAUAUUGAAUUGGCAUCCAAGCGAAAUGGGGUUAACGGACGAUGCGCAAACUAUGCAGCAAGUGCUGCAUAUUCAUCGACUUAUACGUGAUCGCAUCGGACAGAACGCUAUGAAAAGAAGCCUGCAGCCGUUGUGGUAUCGUGGACUCUCCGAUAACCAGUUGGCUGCUGCACAUGGGUUGAAGCGCGCCUUGGGCGACGAUAUUUUGCAGGGUAGCGCCCAUCGGGCACAUCAUCAGCUGUGCCACUUGGGCGUAUAUCCGCGGCCGCCUAGGAGGGGCCUACGUCUACUCUUGAUGAUGAGCCGGGGCAACGAUGUGGCCUUUCUGUGGUUCCUCAUGGAAAUGUUCUACAAGUCGGAGAAUCAAAAGGUCAUAUAUCAGUUCAACGAGCAAAUCAUUAUGUCCGCCAUAUUUUGGCUAGAUCUAUUUCCGACGCUUCACGAGCUGGACCGUGUGCUGCCACUGCCGCAUGACUCGGCGGCAGUGCGACAGAAACGUGCCCAGGCCGCGGACCGUCGUUUCAGACUUAAAAACAGUCAGAGAAUUAAGUCCAUGAAGAAACAGUCCAAGGAGCUGUUGCCGCAGCAGCCUCAUCCAAAAUCAGUCCACAAGUUACCCUAUUUUCAGCAGCCGGUGCUGCCCAAUCCCCGCCAGCAGCGCUUGAUAGCCCAUGCAUCGAAACGACCGGCUCGGUUUCCCACUGUGCAACCGGAUUUGGUACGUUACACCAUCACGUCACGUUGGUUUGGUGACUUGAACCGCAGCGAUGGUGAACGCAUUGCCAGAUCUGUGCUUUAUAAUGAGAUUGACCAGAUUCUGUCCAACCUGCCCUCGUCCCAGUCGGGUCAGAGACAGUUGAAACCCAUGAACUUGCAGCACAAGCUGAUCGGGAAAAUGGAGCAGUCGCUGCACUCAAAUCUGGAGAGGAUUAAAAAGCAGCGUUACGAACAAUUCCUAAAUAUUGACCACCAGCAGCGAGAGCUCACCCGCCAGCGCACACUGAACGAACUGGAUCGCAUGACGGAACGGUAUCGGGCGCAGUUCCAUGAAAUGGCCAUGAAAGCGCACGUUGGCUCGAAUAGAAAGGGGCUAAUUGAAGAUCCGAAUGAUCCAGGCUUCAUAUACCUUGGCAACAACGAAGCCGAUUGGAUGGAUGACACCUCCUGUGGGCUUGGUGAUACAGUUGUAGGUUUCAAUAUGUCCGACAGCGGUGUAACCUUGCCGCACAACUGCCGAGACAACAGCCCGAAGAAAGUUGGAUUAAAGAAGCGUCAAAAUGAGCAAAGCUUUCGAGUUUACGACGGAGAUGCAAGAUUGCCGGAGAAGCAAGAUCCCAGGCAGAGCGAAAGAUCCAGCCUGCAACUGGGUGACACUAACAUGGAGGAGGACAGGGCUCAGACCCAGGAGCCUUCUCCAUGUCAGUGUACCAGUCAGAGCAAUUACUUUGAGCUGGGCCCGGAUGCUCGGCCCUACAGGUUCGACUAUCAGAAGCUCUUUGCACCCUACCAGGACCGAUUGCUGGACGACCAGGAGUUGCGACUGAAGGUAGAGUUUAUCAAAGCUCUGGACAAUGAUGCGAACUACCUGAAUGCGGUGUUAAAUGGUCGUAAGUGUGGCUCAAUAGAUACUCUUGUGAAUCGCACAGCCAAGCGCAUCUUCAAGGAGGGCACCGACCUAUUUCAGGACAUAUACGCGAAGUCGCAGGCCGAAACAGAAGUCAGUGAGCCGGGAAAGCGCAUUAACUUUGGUAGAGAUUUCUUCGAUGCGGAUGAUCAUGUGCUCAUGAAGGAUAUGCUGCGCAUAGGGCUGCAGCGCGUGGCCCAGGAUCGACGGUUCGUACUGCCUACCCUGCCGGAUGUGCAUUGCGUACCAAUGCUUCUCGAAUGGAUCUGUGCACGCUAUGGUAAACGUUACAGCCAAGCGGACCGCAAGCGUAGCUUCAAUGAGGCCAAACACCUCAUGGAUAAUCUAGUAGCUAUCUUGGCCCAUGGCAUUGUGCGGACUCCAAACCGAGAGCCAUUGAAGUCCAAGGUUACAGCCGGGGGCUUUGUAGCGCAUAAUGCGAAUCGUCCUAAUAUGAAAAAAUUUUGGGACCAAUAUACAAAACAUUUUGUGGUAUCCUUCUUAGAGAUGGGCCGAGUGUUUCAUGCGGCCAUGGAUACCCACCAAAGUACACAAACUAGUGCCACAUAUUACGCCUACAUGCCCGCCCACUUGAACGAUGUGCAGUUCUGUAAUACCACGCCAAUUAUUAAUCGGGGCAGGACUAAAAUGUGAAACAAAAUAAUAUAAUUUGUUAUUGUAUUUAAACCCAAAUAAAGCACAAAAUAAACUGACGACAUUAUUAUUUA